CUUCGGUAAGGUCUGCUAAAUGGGCCACAGUUGUCGCAGCUCAUCAGGGGUGAGCAGCUGAUGGGACCAGACAGACAGACAGACAGACAGACAGACAGACAGACGGGCUGUUGUCGCUCUGCUGCACUUGCCUGCUGUGCAGGAGCAAAAUCAAACUCCUGCCUCAGACUAAACAACAAAGCAGAGCAGAGGAGUAAGUCUUUAACACAGCAUUGUUUUUUACUUUGCAUAACCGACUGGAUUUUGGACGCCAUGGUCAAGCAGCGACGCGUCAGAGCGCGCUCCUGCUGCGCAGCUGUUGCGCCUCUUUGUAGCAGGAGAGGACCCCGACAGACUUUGACAGAGCCCGCCAUCUUCGCCAGGGAGACCAGUUGUGAUUGUCGCGCCCCUCAUGAGAAGCUCAGCAUAACUCAGGCCCGCAGAGGCACACCAGUGGACCGGCCGGUCAGAGUCUACGCAGAUGGCAUCUUUGACCUGUUCCACUCUGGACACGCUCGUGCUCUCAUGCAGGCCAAGAACCUCUUCCCCAACACCUACCUCAUAGUAGGAGUGUGCAGUGACGAGCUGACCCACAAAUACAAGGGUUUCACCGUCAUGACGGAGAUUGAGCGCUAUGAAGCACUGAGACACUGCCGCUAUGUCGACGAGAUCUUGAGAGACGCGCCCUGGACUCUCACACCCGAGUUCCUAGAGAAACACAAGAUCGAUUUUGUGGCUCACGACGAUAUCCCAUACUCCUCAGCAGGAAGUGAGGACGUCUAUAAACACAUCAAGGAGGCAGGGAUGUUUGUGCCGACACAACGGACAGAGGGAAUCUCGACAUCUGACUUAAUUACCAGAAUCGUCAGGGACUAUGACGUCUACGCCCGGCGCAACCUCCAACGUGGCUACACAGCCAAGGAGCUGAACGUCAGCUACAUCAACGAGAAAAAGUAUCGUCUGCAGAACCAAGUGGACCGGAUGAAGGAGAAGGUUCGCACGGUCGAGGAGAAGAGCAAACACUUUGUUUACCGCGUGGAGGAGAAGAGUCAUGACCUCAUUCAGAAGUGGGAAGAGAAAUCCAGAGAGUUUAUCGGCAACUUCUUAGAACUUUUUGGACCCGACGGGACUUGGAAACAGGUGUUUCAGGAGCGCAGUGGACGAAUGCUGUCCUACGCUCUGUCCCCCCGAGAGUCGCCCUGCAACAGCCCUCCUCGCGAACUGUCCCCCCUGCGCUCCCCCUCACCCCCGUCUCCCCCCGCCCGCUGGCACAAUGCACGGCCAUCGCCCCCGACCUCCCCUAAAGGAGCGUCUGCCUCUAUAAGCAGCAUGAGCGAAGGGGAUGAAGAUGAGAAGUAGAUGAACUCUUGAACGCACGAAUACUCACACACACACACACACACGGUUCACUCACAGUACACUGCCUGAAAACUACUCACAGACACACACACACACACACACACACACACACACACACUCCUACAAACACUGGCCGGUACUAAAACUGUUCACCUCAAGGAUGUGCAAGGCAGACGGUGAUCGUGGGAAAUGAAGCUCAUUCUGUGCUGCAGAGCUAAGAAGCCAUCGCUGUCUCUGUUGUCUGGGCAGCCGAGUGGAGAGGACGAGGAUUUAUGUACACAGUUUAUGUACACAUUUCUGUACACAUAUCAUGAGACGGUCCAGGAUGCUUUGCAGCAUCUUUCAAAGGAUUUGCUUCGGAUUGUCCAGUGCUGAAAGAGACUGUCCGACAGCCUGUUCAUAAUAUCACCUCUUUGCUUUUGGUCCUCUUCUGUUUAGUUUGCCCCCCCUUUUUUUUUCUUUCAAAGAUGCCAAGAUUUCCUGUAACUACUGUGACUGCUAGACUUGAGUAGGCAUAGAAGUUACAGACGCUGUGUGUGACAUUGAGUGCAUCAACGGGAAUUGGAUUCACUCCUCACUUUGUAUGUUUGUGUUUGUCAAAUUGAGAUUUAGGAAUUAACCAACAGACGUUUUGCACCAUUUCAGCAUAAAAGCUCGGAGAGGAACCCCAAAAUCAGCGACCCAGAAUCCUUGAUUCACUCAUUCCCACGCCGCCGGUAUGACCACUUAACCACAAAGACAACUUAAAACCUAUCCCAGAGAAAUGAUGACCUCAGUUUAAGUCAAACUAUUUAAUCCUGGAAAGGCUGCUUCAUAAAACGCGUCCAUUAAUAUCUCAGCCUUUCGGAAAGCUUCUGAUCUGUAAAAUGCCUGUUAGAUAGUCCCAAAUACUUUGAUUGUGAUGAGACAGCCUUCACGUAUUAGCUUCUUGAAUGUAAACACUUUGAGACCACACAGUAGGGAGUAAGCGUAAUCACUCUAACACACAAGCCCCUAGUCACCGCAGUCGUCCAGUAGGCCACACAAAUACCACGUCUCGUCACGAUCGACAAGUAGGAACGUUUGUGGAUUUUCUGCGUUUAAGAGCCAUGCAUUUACUUCUUCGGUUUUCCAUGUUUUCUUCUCUUGAUGUUUAGCAGACAUUCUUGCUCUCUGGAAUAUGAUGUCAGCUGUUAAUCGAACCCGGCGAACUUGGAGAUACAAGCCUUCCUCUAGGACUCUGAUAAUACUUGAAAUAAACAAAAAUCGAAGCCCUCCAGGUGAACUGUCAGGUCCUCAUAAAGCCGGAACAUCAUCCCAGUGUUUUACUUGCAAUUACUGGAAAUGUUAAUAAUGACUUCUUUUUUUUUUUGGCUCCGAUCUGCAUGCUCAUGCCAGGCCGGAGCAGACCUCUCUUCCAGCCCAACGAUACAAUAAAUACCCUAAUGCAAUGUAGAGAUGUCCUGUACGCAAUACAUGUUAAUCUGCACUAUGUGUACAAACUUUGGGAAUGUGUGUCUUUUUUUAUUUUUUAAACUUUAAUGUUCAGACGGCUUGAUAUGUAAAUAAAUCAGAACUCUAUAACUGAA